CUCUAGUCUAUGGUGUUGGUUUGAUUUGUUUUCAGCAUUUUAUUACUCUUCUCUUUUUAGGUUUUCUUUCAUACAAAGUAAGACAAAAUAGUAAAUCAUUGAUUUAACAAUUAUAUCCAAAGACAGAAAUGAAAAUAUCUGAGCUGCCAGGAGAUGAAGAUUCUGGCCUAACAUGCCGUACUUAUGUUUUCCAAAAUGAAAGUCACACUCUUGGGAAUGCUUUAAAAUGUAUUAUAAACAGAUAUGAAGAUGUUGACUUUUGUGGCUACACAGUACCACAUCCAGCAGAAUCAAAGAUGCAUUUUAGAAUACAAGCACGAGAAGUACCUGCUUUAGAGAUAUUAAAAAGAGGUCUCAAAGAUCUGCAAAAAGUUUGUGACCACACAAUAGAUUUAUUUGAGAAAGAAGUAAAAGAGUACAAUAGAAUUUAAAAUUCUGUUUUUCUUAAUUUUGCUCAGCUAAUAACACAUUCUAUGUUUUAUUAUAAAACUGAAUUU